AUGAAUACGACCGCGCUCCAAUCCGUCUCUCAAGGCAUAACAGCGACUGUGCCGCUGCCGGAGAGUGCGCCGGGCAAAAAGUCCACCAAAAAACGCGUCAGGAACUUUUCCGCCGAUGACCGCGCCGCCCAUCGCAUCUUUGAAAGGGGUCGCCGCGAAGCCUUCAAGGAACGCCUGACCGAACUCGCCGGCCAGCUGCCAGUCCUUGCAGACACUGAUCCCGAGCGGCUAUCGAAGCAUGUCGUCGUUAAUGAGAGCAUUGCCCGCCACAAGCUCUUGGAAAACCGAUGCGUCGACGCUCUUCGCGAUAUUGAGUCCUUGCUACGAGAACGCGAUGAGCUGUUGGCAGAGAUCAAUGUCUGGAGAGGCAACGCCGGCGCGAGUUCCCGGCUGCCGAAAAGCAUUUCUAAUAUUGCGGGUCUUAUGAAAACCGAGGAUGAAAUGCUUAGUCGCGAAGCAAAAGGCCAUCACAUACGCGAGGGAAAUGGUUCCAGCGAAGACAAGGGGUCUCGUGGUGGUCAAGCUCGGGCUGCGAUGACAAUCGAAACCCACCCGAGCGAAGCAUCUCAUCUCUCGCAGCUUCUAAAGGUGGAUCAGACACACGAUAUUAACCCAGUCCCAAACCUUGACGACUUAUUGCGCGACACAUCUUGGCCUCAGACUACCCAAACUCAUCUCCCAGUGUUCCCCCCCGAACCUCCCCUUGCGAGUCCAGACGACAUCCCAAUCAUACCACCUACCAUCACACGGGAUUCUCUGCCAGUUGCGACAUCAGAAGCAGCCGACUAUCGAAUGUUCGUCGACGUAAACCCAACACAGCAGGCGCUGCUUCUCAACAUGGACACGAUUCAGUUUCCUGCCCCGGACGAGAACUCCAUCGAGCUACCGAAUGUUCUGCUCAGGCCUCACUAUCUUUCUCGAACCAGCUUAGAUGAAGAACCAUUACAUCAGCACUCUCAACAAUGGGUCUCUUGGCAUGGAUAG